AUGGACAUUGGAACAAAGGAUGAGAUUAAGAUUAAGACACGCUCUACCACACGCCCCCUGCAACACGCCCUACCAGCACCGCCCCUGCCAACACGCCCCUGCAACACGCCCCUACCACAACGCCCCCUGCAAACACGCCCCUACCACACCGCUCCCUGCAACACGCGCCCCUGCAACACGCCCCUGCCCACACGCCCCUGCAACACGCCCCUACCACACGCCCCUGCAACACGCCCCUGCAAAACACGCCCCUACCCCCACCGCCCCUGCAACACGCCCCCGCAACACCGGCCCUUUACGCACACGCCCCCAACACGCCCCUGCCAAAACAACCCCCCCCGCCCCUGCCACCACGCCCCUUGCAACACGCCCCUGCACACGCCCCUUACCACACGCCCGUUACACACGCCCCUGCAACACGGCCGCCUAGCCACCACGCCCAAGUGCAACAGCGGCCCCUGUAACACGCCCCUACCACACGCCCCUGCAACACGCCCGCACACGCCCCUGCAACACGCCCCCUACCACACGCCCCUGCCAACACGCCCCUACCACACGCCCCUGACAACACGCCUCCUACACACGCCCCUGCAACACGCCCCUGCAAACACGCCCACCACACGCCCCCUGCAACACGCCCCUACCACACGCCCACUGCAACACGCCUUCCUACCACACGCACCCAGCAACACGCCCCUGCAACCACAAACCCCUACCCACCCCCUGCAACACGCCCCCGCAACACGGCCUACCACACCCCCGCAACACGCCCCUGCACACGCCCCUGCCACAACGCCCCUGCAACACGCCCCUGCCACACGCGCCUACCACACGCCCGUUACCACACGCCCCAUGCAACACGCCCCUACCACACGCACCCCCCGCAACACGCACCUACCACCACGCCCCUGCAACCACCGCGCCCUGCCCACCACGCCCUGCAACACCACGCCCUACCAACAACGCCCCUUGCCAACACGCCCCUACCACACGCCCCUGCAACACGCCCCACCACACGCCCCUGCAACACGCCCCUGCAACACGCCCCUACACACGCCCCUGCAACACGCCCCUACAACAGCCCCUGCAACCGCCCCUACCCACGCCCCCUACACGCCCCUGCAACACACCCCUUGCAACACGCCCCUACCACACGCCCCUGCCAACACCGCCCCCUACCACACGUCCCUGCAACACGGCCCCUACCAUACGCCCCUGCAACACGCCCCCCUACACACGCCCCUGCAACACGCCUACCCGCAACACGCCCCUACCCCACGGCCCCUAUGCCAGCUGCACGCCCCUACCACAGCGUCCCUGCCAAACAGGCCCCUUACCAACGCCCCUGCAACACGCCACCUGCAACACGCCCCUACCACACGCCCGUGCAACACGCCCCUACCACACGCCCCGUGCCACACGCCCCUGCAAACACGCCGCCUACCCACCCACGCCCCUACCACACGCCCCUUGCAAAACACCCGCCCCUGCAACACGCCCCUGCAACCACCCCCCUACCACACGCCCCUGCCACACGCCCCUGCAAACACGCCCCUACACACGCCCCUACCACACGCCCCUGCAACCACGCCCCUGCAAACACGCCCCUGCAACACGACCCCCGCAACACGCCUCUGCAAUACCGCCCUACCACACGCCCUCUGCAACCACGCCCCUGCAAACACGCCCCUUACCACACGCCUGCAACACGCCUGGCAACACGCCCUGCAACACGCCCCUUGCCAACACGCCCCUACCACACCCCCUGCCAACACGCCCCUGCAACACGCCCCUGCCACACGCCCCUGCAACACAACCACUCAACACCCCCUGCAACACGCCCCAUACCACACGCCCGCCACAGGCCCCUGCAACACGCGCCCUGGCAAACACGCCCCUGCCAACCACGCCCCCGCAACACCGCCCCUGCCAAACCGCCCCUACCACACGCCCCGCAACAACGCCCUGCAACACGCCCCUUACCACACGCCCCUGCAACACGCCCCAUGCAACACCGCUGCCAACACUGCCCCUGCCACACGCCCCUCACCACACGCCCUUGCCACGCCCCACUGCUGCAACACGCCCCUACCACACGCCCCUGCAACACGCCCCUACACCACGCCCCUCAACACGCCCCCAUACACCGCCCUACCACACGCCCCGCAAACACGCCCCUACACAACGCCCCUGCCCCGCCCACGCCCUACCAACGCCCUGCAACACGCCCCUGCACCACGCCCCUACCACACGCCCCUGCAACACGCCCCUACCACACGCCCCUGCAACACCGCCCCUGCAACACGCCCCUACCACACGCCCCCUCCCCUGGCCCCUACACACGCACCCCUGCAACACGCCCCUACCACACGCCCCUGCAAACACGCCCUGCAACACGCCCCGCCACACACGCCCUGCCAACACCCCCCGCAAACACGCCCCUCCACCGCCCUGGCAACACGCCCCUACCACACGCCCCUGCAACACGCCCCUGCAACACGCCCCCUACCACACGCCCUGCAACACGCCCCUACCAACACGCCCCUGAACACGCCCCUGCAACACGCCCCUACCACACGCCCCUGCAACACGCCCCUACCACACGCAACGCCCUGCAACACGCCGCCUGCAACACGCCCCUACCACCACGCCCCUGCAACACGCCCUGCAACCGGCAACACCCCUGCAACACAACACGCCCCUGCAAACACCCCCUACCACACGCCCCUGCAACACGCCCCUGCAACACGGCCACACACGCCCCUGCAACAAACACGCCCCUGCCAACACGCCUGCAACACGCCCCUGCCCACUUUACCACACGCCCCUGCAACACAGCCCCUGCAACACAACACCGCCCUGCACAGCCCCUACCACACGCCCCUGCAACACGCCCUGCAACACGCCCCUACCACACGCCCUGCAACACGCCCUGCAACACGCCCUGCAACACGCCCCAAACACGCCCCUACCACACAACCCUGCAAAACGCCCUGCACACGCCCUGCCACACGCCCGCAACACCGCCCCUACCACACGCCCCGCCAAACGCCCUGCAACACGCCCUAA